UCUGCCUGGCUCAGUGGAGUGGGGAGCAGCGGCGUAUCGGUGAGUUCUCCGCAAGUUCUGCUGGACGCCAGCCCGGCCUAACCCGGCCCUGCCCGACCGCACCCGAGUUCCGUGUUUGUUCGGCGCCCGCCCGGCCAGCCAUGGGAUCCCUGUGCCGCAGCCUCUCCGCGAUCCUGUUCCUGCUGCAGGUCUCAUCAUGGCUCUGCCAGGAGCUGGAGCCGGAGCCCGAGCCCUGCCGUCCCGGCUUCAGUGCCGAGGUCUACAGGUUCCAGGUACCGGGGAGGCACCUGGAGAGAGGCCACGUCCUGGGCAGAGUGAGAUUUGAAGGGUGCACUGGUCGGCCAAGGACGGCCCACUUUUCUGAGGACUCCCGAUUCAAAGUGGCUACAGACGGUGCCAUCACAGUCAGCCGGCCUCUAAAGCUUCAUAAACUGCAGACCAGUUUCCUUGUCCACGCCUGGGACUCUACUCACAGGAAGUUUUCCACCAAAGUGAUACUGAAUUCUGUGGGGCACCACCAACACCGGCACCACCACCGUGACCCUGUUUCUGGAUCCCAGCCAGAAGUGCUCACAUUUCCCAGCUCUCACCAAGGUCCCAGAAGACAGAAACGAGACUGGGUCAUCCCCCCCAUCAGCUGCCCAGAAAAUGAGAAGGGCCCAUUUCCCAAAAACCUGGUUCAGAUCAAAUCCAACAGGGACAAAGAAACUCAGGUUUUCUAUAGCAUCACUGGCCAAGGAGCUGACAGACCUCCUGUUGGUGUGUUUAUCAUUGAGAGAGAAUCAGGCUGGCUGAAAGUGACAGAACCUCUGGAUAGAGAAAAUAUUGCAAAGUACACUCUCUUUUCCCAUGCUGUGUCAUCUAAUGGGGAAGCAGUGGAGGAUCCCAUGGAGAUUGUGAUCACAGUGACUGAUCAGAAUGACAACAGACCAGAGUUCAUCAAGCAGGUCUUUCACGGAAAUGUCAUGGAGGGCGCUCUUCCAGGAACCUCUGUGAUGCAGGUCUCAGCCACUGAUGCAGAUGACCAUGUGAACACCUACAAUGCUGCUAUCGCCUAUACCAUCAUCAGCCAAGAUCCUGAGCUGCCUCACAAGAACAUGUUCACUGUCAAUAGAGACACAGGGGUCAUCAGUGUGGUCACCUCUGGGCUGAACCGAGAGAGUUAUCCUACGUAUACCCUGGUGGUACAAGCUGCUGACCUUCAAGGUGAAGGCUUAAGCACAACAGCAACAGCUGUGAUCACCAUCGAUGAUAUUAAUGACAACGCUCCCAUCUUCAACCCAAGCACGUACCUGGGUCAAGUGUCUGAGAAUGAGGCCAACGCCUAUAUCACCACACUCAAAGUAACUGACGAUGAUGCCCCCAAUACUCCAGCGUGGGAGGCCGUGUACACCAUAGUCAAUGAUCCUGAACAACAAUUUGUUGUCAUCACAGACCCCACAACCAAUGAUGGCAUCCUGAAAACAGCCAAGGGCUUGGAUUUUGAGGCCAAGCAGCAGUACAUUCUGCAUGUGACAGUGGCGAAUGUGGCCCCUUUUGAGGGGUCCCUUGUCCCUUCCACAGCCACUGUCACUGUAGAUGUGCUAGACGUCAAUGAAGCCCCCAUCUUUGUGCCUGCCGAGAAGAGAGUAGAAGUGCCUGAAGACUUUGGUGUGGGUCAGGAAAUCACAUCUUAUACUGCCCGAGAGCCAGAUAUAUUCAUGCAGCAGAAGAUCACGUAUCGGAUUUGGAGGGACACUGCCAACUGGCUGGAGAUUAACCCAGAGACUGGCACCAUUUCCACUCGGGCUGAGAUGGACAGAGAAGACACCGAGCACGUGAAGAACAACACAUAUACAGCUCUCAUCAUCGCCACAGACGAUGGUUCGCCAAUUGCCACUGGCACGGGGACUCUUCUCUUGGUGCUAUCUGAUGUCAAUGACAAUGCUCCCAUCCCAGAACCUCGAAGCAUGCAAUUCUGCCAGAGGAACCCACAGCCCCAUGUCAUCAACAUCCUGGAUCCAGAUCUUCCUCCCAAUACAUCCCCCUUCACUGCGGAACUAACCCACGGGGCCAGUGUCAACUGGACCAUUGAGUACAACGACCCAGCCCAAGAAUCUCUCAUUUUGAAGCCAAAAAAGACCUUAGAGUUGGGCGACUACAAAAUCAAUCUCAAGCUCAUGGAUAACCAGAACAAAGACCAGGUGACCACACUGGACAUCAUUGUGUGUGACUGUGAAGGGGCUGUCAACAACUGCAUGAGGUCGGGUUACGUGGAAGCAGGGUUGCAAGUUCCUGCCAUCCUAGGGAUUCUUGGAGGGAUCCUCGCUUUGCUGAUUCUGAUCCUGCUGCUCCUACUGUUUUUACGGAGGAGAACCGUGGUCAAAGAGCCCCUGCUGCCCCCGGACGAUGACACCCGCGACAAUGUAUAUUACUAUGACGAAGAAGGCGGUGGAGAAGAGGACCAGGAUUUUGAUUUGAGCCAAUUGCACAGGGGCCUGGAUGCCCGACCUGAAGUGACUCGAAAUGAUGUGGCUCCCACCCUCCUGAGUAUGCCCCAGUAUCGUCCCCGCCCAGCCAAUCCUGAUGAAAUUGGGAACUUCAUCGAUGAAAAUCUGAAGGCAGCCGACAGCGACCCCACGGCACCUCCUUACGACUCUCUGUUGGUGUUUGACUAUGAGGGGAGUGGUUCCGAAGCUGCUAGCCUGAGUUCACUGAACUCCUCCGAGUCGGAUCAGGACCAGGACUAUGACUACCUGCAGGAGUGGGGCAACCGCUUCAAGAAGCUGGCUGACAUGUAUGGUGGCGGCGAGGACGACUAAGGACUAGAGAGGAGCCCCUGGGUGGAGCCAUGGGAGAUGCAGAGCAAUGUUGCAGGGGCCUUUCAGCUUCUUCCCUGAGUUUCUGAGAGACUUAUCUGAGAUGCAGUUUGCAUAGUGCUCCAAUUCUACCAGUCUACUGUGCGUUAGGUUGUCACUUACUCUUGAAAUCAGUUUUUUAUUUCUACAGUGCUAGGGUUUAAACUCUGCCACUGAGUUAUAGGCUAACUUCUCCUUUUUUAUUUUUUUAAUUUCUUUUUUAUUUUAAUUCUGCUCCUCCUCCAUGGGUGGGGAAGAAUUUGGGACUUUACAGUGCAAGGCAAGCAGUCUUGUUACUGAGCUGUAGCCCCAGUUCAGUUCAAUUCUUUUUUUUUUUUUUUUUUUUUUUUCUUUUUUUGUUUGUCGAGACAGGGUUUCUCUGUAUUGUUUUGGAGCCUGUCCUGGAAACUCGAUAGGUAGAUCAGGUUGGUCUCGUCUUGAACUCAUGGAGAUCCGCCUGCCUCUGCCUCCCGAGUGCCGGGACUAAAGGCGUGCACCACCAGCGCCCGGCUCCCAGUUCAAAUUUUAUUAUUUCAAAAUGACAGUUUGAGUCAGAGGAGUCCGCUAGCACUGGCAGUUUUCCUUUAUGUUGAAGAGGCAGGGAAGGCUGUCUGUCCUGCUUCUGCUUCACUGUGUAUAGAAAAUGUUUUGUUUCUGAGCUAGGAAUCUAGGCAAGUGUCGCGUGCCCCAAGUCCUUCACCCCACACACACUAAGACUUUUAAAUUGUGUACUUUCUUCAAUUUCUACAUUUGUGUUCUGUAUUCUAAUACCCACUUAUGCUCCUGAGUUCUGUUGCCCUGCCCAGGUGCUUUUCUAUGAUGCAGAAAUGACUGGGUCCUUUUCUCGUGGCAGAUAGGUGUCUUGAUAUGGGUGCAACUGAACUGGAUGUUGUGUCUUUCAAAGACCUUUCAUGGGCUUCCCUCCUCACCUCUGGAGCACCCACUUGAAAUGGUCAUCCCUUGUGCGGAGUCACUGUUUCUUAGGUGAAAGCUGCAGUGGGAUAUGAUGCCUUGGUUCUCUAUGGGGAGCUGUGACCAGAGCACGUAGGAAGGCUUUCAGGCAUCACUUGGUUUCUUACGUUUCCUUUACACCAACAUAAAAGUGAUGCAUCCUGAGACUUAGUGCCCAGAGUGCGGAAGCCAAAGACAGAGGAGAGGAAAUUCGAGAGACUGGCUUGGGGGGUAGCAAGUGUGUCACUGAGCCUGGCCAGAUAGCUCACUGAUGGUGAGGGUGCACAUGUGGCUUGACCUCGUCCCUAGAAAAUUUCUAGAAGAAUAGAAGGAUCUCACCAUGUAUUUCCUGACUGGAACCCUUGUCCAUGCAUCCCCAAAGCCCAGAAGACAUGCCCUUCCAAUGCCUGCUUUUGACAGUAGCUAUAGAAAAUGCUGGCUGAGUUGGACCAAGGUUAUCCAGUUCUAAGUAUAUAUAGAAAACUGAGAAUGUGCCAGGCAGUGGUGAUGCAUGCCGUUAAUUCCAGCAUUUGGGAGGCAGAGGCAGGUGGAUCUCUGUGAGAUUGAGCCCAUCCUGGUCUACAAGAACUAGUUCCAGGACAGCCAAGGCUACACAGAGAAACCUGUCUCUAAAAAGAAACACAAAAAGAAAAAAGAAAACUGAGAAUGUUAGAAAUUGUGUGUUUUCUCAUAGAAACAGGAAGAAAACACUGUUCUAAUGGGAGGAAGGGGGUGAGGGUCUUGACACAAUCUUUUCUUAAUUCAAAAUACAAAUCUCAGUUUCUUAAUAACCACUGGAGAGAGUUUCAUUGAAACUAUUUUUGGGAUGAAAACAAUGGCUGCAGUCAACUGUGAGAACUGUUGAUUUCUCUGUAGUUUAAAUGUCUAAUGUAGUCAAUAUAGAGUGUCACUUGUAUGUAGUUUGAGUGUAUAUGUGUGUGGGUGCUGAUAAUUUUGUAUUUUGUGGGGGAGUGGAAAGGUAAACAAUUGAAACUGUUUUUAUAAAUUUUAUUAAAGAGUUUUGUUAAACUGU